CUGCAAAGGAAUAUUUUAUCUAUAGAAUAACAGAGUUGGAGGUCUUUCAGUCCAUCUUAUUAAGUGGUACGUUUAUUUAAGGCAUCAAACUUCCAUGCAGCCAGAAAUGACUCUUUCUUUCUUCUAUUCUCUCUCCUUCCCAACCAGAAACUACCGAACUUGGAAACAAGAAAGAGCUCAAAUCCAUGCCUUUCAUCACUUACCUCUCUGGCUUGCUGACGGCCCAGAUGCUGUCCGAUGAUCAGAUGGUUUCUGGCGUGGAGAUCCACUGUGAAGAGAAGGGCCGCUGCCCUUCAACUUGCCAUCUCUGCCACUGGGCGGGCAAGGAGCAACUGAGUCCCACCCCGGUCCUUCUGGAGAUCAACCACAUCAUCCCGUUAUAUAUGCUCAUCCAGGACAACGAGACCCGGGAGGCAUUCAAGGGUGCCCUCAUGAGUUCUUAUUGGUGUUCGGGGAAAGGAGAUGUGAUUGAGGAUUGGUGCCGAUGUGACCUUAACGCCUUUGAUGAGAAUGGCCUCCCCAGCUGCAGCGCACUCCCGCAGCCUGUGUUGCGUCUUUCUCCCAACGUGGAGCCCUCGAGCACCGUGGUCUCCUUGGAGUGGUAUGAUGUCCAACCCGCCAUUGGGACCAAAGUCUCUGAUUACAUCUUGCAUCACAAAAAGGUGGAUGAAUACACAGACACCGACCUGUAUACAGGUGAGUAGACGCUGGCAUCCGUUUAUGGAACGCCUUACCUGUGAAGGCU